AUGAAUAUUGAAGGACGUGGUCAAAUAAAUGUUAAUCAAGACGCGGUGAUUAGAAGAGGAGGUCCUUCUACUUCAACUGUUGCUGUUCCUCAUCCAAAUUCAAAUACUGAAACUUUACAGCUGGUAGAUAGAUCUUCGAAUUCAAUUAAUAAUGGGUCUAAUCCAGAUCCAGAAAUUGAAUACGUGAGUUCAUUUUAA